AUGUCCUCUCCCUCCAAACCCGUCAACAUCGUUCGACGGACACCGGAGAGGCCGGAGGAAGUUGCGGGCUCGGUGACUACACCCUAUGGCACGCCUGAUAUUCGGGUUUUACGAGCGCAGUAUGUUGGCACACCACCGCCCCCUAAUAUUCCGCUUCGAAAUGGGUCUCCAGCUUUGGCUGUACGCCAUAGGCCGUCAGAUGCAUCCAUGAAGCCGCCUGUAGAGGGUUUUCCAGGCUCGUACGGAGUGGGUGGAGGAUUUCGGGUUGGGACUCCUAGUGCUGUUGAGGCUGCGGCUGCCAGUGCCGACCUGGAGAAUUUACCAGAAGAGGAGAUGGCCAGAGUUCUACGACGCCACCUCGUAUCCCGACAAGAGCGGGAGAAUCCGGCUGACGCAAAGCCAACGAACAGCACUACGCCUGAGUUGGACGUUCCCAAUGAUGACUCCCAGACCGGAUCUCGCAAGUCGUCUAUCAGAGCAGUGCAAAGGGAGGAGACUGAGGCGUUUCCGAUACCCUACCAUGCUGCGGGCGCGGAUGUAACACAUGACAUUUACAAGUGGCAGUCGGACCAACGGAAACUGGGAGCGCGUGGUCGUGCUGCUUCUGUCAUCGUCCCACGACAAACGACACCAGACCCUGCGUUUGAGCAUAUCCAUGAGCCAGGCGGCUUCCGCAGGAAUUAUGUCAUUCUACGUGCUAAUGAGCGUGGCGAGGAGGAACCCCAGUUGCUCAACAACUUUGUCGAGUUCUUGUACAUCUUCGGCCACUUUGCUGGUGAAGACCUUGAAGAAGACGAUGAGGACGAAGACGAUGAAGAAAUGGGUCCUGAUGCUGUACCAAACGAGACUGCUCCGCUAUUAGGAGCAUCUGCCUUGUCUAGGUCCCGGUCCCGGUCAAGGCGGAGACGGUCAUCGCUAUCCAGGGCGAGAAAUGGGACGGCUACAGUUGGCCAGGCGUAUCUAAUGCUGCUCAAGGCCUUUGUUGGUACUGGUGUGCUUUUCCUCGGAAAAGGCUUCUACAACGGCGGGCUGCUCUUCUCCUCAAUACUUUUCGUGUUCAUUGCUUUCAUUUCGCUAUACUCGUUCCUCCUACUGGUCUACACCAAAUUCGUUGUCUCUGGCAGUUUUGGAGACAUUGGGGGCACAUUAUAUGGCCCGUGGAUGCGCUACCUCAUCCUUGGCUCCAUUAUAGUCUCGCAAAUCGGCUUCGUCGCCGCUUACAUCAUCUUCGUCUCGCAGAACCUACAAGCACUCGUCAUGGGCAUCACCCAUUGUCUCAAGCUGAUCCCCAUCCAAUACUUCAUUCUCGCACAACUCGUCGUAUUCCUGCCCUUGGUUCUAUUCCGCGACCUCGCCAAACUCAGCUCGACAGCGCUGGUGGCUGACGCGUUCAUUCUCGUCGGACUGGUGUAUAUCUUUGGGUCAGAAAUAUCGAUCAUUAGCCAGCGCGGGAUUGCGGACGUGAAGAUGUUCAACCCGAAGGACUUUUCGCUGUUCGUGGGUGUAGCGGUCUAUUCGUUCGAGGGUAUUGGCAUGGUCAUACCAAUCACCGAUGCGAUGCGGGAGCCACACAAGUUUCCCAAGGUGCUGACAGGCGUUAUGUGCAUCGUCUUAGUCCUCUUUGGCGGAGCUGGUGCCCUUGCAUAUCUCACUUUCGGCUCAGAAGUUCAGACGGUCGUGCUUGUCAACCUUGACGCGGAGAGCAAGAUGGUCCAGUCUGUCCAAUUUAUCUACUCGAUUGCCAUCAUGCUCUCCGUGCCCUUGCAACUCUUUCCCGCCAUCCGGAUCAUGGAGAACGGGCUGUUUACGAGGAGCGGCAAGGCGGACUUCCGGGUUAAAUGGACAAAGAACAUGUUCCGCUUCGCGACAGUGUUUUUCGCGGCAACCUUAUCGUGGCUCGGCGCGGCGGACCUGGACAAGUUUGUCGCGUUCAUUGGGUGCUUCGCAUGUGUCCCGUUAUGCUAUGUCUACCCCGCGAUGCUGCACUACAAAGCAUGUGCUGACACGCCGAGGAAGAAGGCGAUCGACAUUGCGAUGAUCGUGUUUGGGCUGGUUGCGGCUGCGUAUACGACGAUCCAGACGGUCAAGCUUAUGUUCGAGCCGGAGGCGGGCGGGCCGCCGGUGUUUGGGAAUUGCGAUGUGCCUGGGGCGUGA